AGCGCGCGUUCCGAGUCGCAACCCAAUCUCAGUCCCCGUUCCAGCGCUCUGCGCCCUGGGCCACCACUAUUGGAGCUAAGUUUCCGGACUUUCAGGACGGCGUGGUAUAAUCCAGGCACCCAGGAUGCCCGAGGACCUUCGCAAUCCGUCCGUCCGCACGCUAGACUCUGAACACGCCGCGGCGUUCAAGCAGGCUCUGGCCAGGCUUCUCUCAACCGAUGUCGCAGAAAUCACUUACGCCGAAAUCCUAGACGGACUGCCGACGGUGGCCUCAUUUUGCGAUUUUCACUUUAUCCAGGAAACUCACCCUGUUUUCGAGUUGCGGCACGAUGUCUUGUGCCCGGGCGUCAUCGACAGGACUCGCGAGUUCAGAGCACAUUUCGAUCCCCUCCAGCUGACAUUUCCCUCCACCCUCCUCUCCGCCUUUCAACGGACCCACCCCGGCACGCAGCGGUUCGAGUUGAGGCUGAUGGAGCUUCUCGCCGUGUCGUGCCAUCAAAUCGCCGUCUACCUGUUCAACCUCGACGACGGCGUCCAUAAGCAUCGCGUCUACGAAGAAUGGCGUGACCGGCCGCGCGAACGGAUAAGGCCCAGCGAGUACAUCGCCCCCGCCGCCUUCUUCCAUAACGACUAUGUGGACUUCGACCAAUAUCCGGCCGGGAUCGCCGAUGUUGUCGGGUACUGGGCCGAAGCCAGGAUCUUUGGUGGCGUGGUUGUCUUUGACCGCGGCCCGUCCGGCACGGAGUGCCGCGAUCUCUUUUUACACCCGUCCCGCUUAUACGGAGCGCGCACAAUCUUCCCGCCGACCGCGGCACAACAUGCCGCCAUCAUCGACUUCCUCCUCGGGCCGGCACCAGACGGCGCCGCCUGCCCGUUCCCUGUCGUCCCGACGUCGGAGAACCGCUGGCGGUACGAUCCGUGGGACUCGAUCACCCGUUUCCACAUCUUCGGCGACCGGUACGAGCGCAAGCUGCCCCAAGGCCCGGAACCGCACCACUGCGUCCGAUCCGAGCUGGACUGGCCGGAACUGGCCGACGAGCACAUGAUCCUCCUGCUCCAGUACGAGGCGAGCCUGGGAAAGCCGGUCGACCAGUCCGCUAUCGAUGCUGCCUAUGAGCGGUUGAAGCUGAUAACGCCGUCUUCGCCGCUCUGGCCGCGCUCGAAGGAUCCUGGGCCGCCUUGAGAUGUCGGACGCUUGGUGGAAUUAAUGUGGAAUUAAUGCUGGCUCA